AUGUGUCAACAAAAUUAUAAUAGAAUCAAGUUGUAAGAGGUUUAGUGUAGAAAUAGCUAGCUAAUUCCUCUAGUGAGCAUUCAACAAACUCACCCAGAAUUUCCUUGUUCCAGUCCCCAAAAGAAGUAAUCAUUGAAAAUCUUAUUAUGGAUAUCUAGAAAAAAGAAUGCUGAACUAAGAAGGAUCAAAAUUAAAGUUAUUAGGAAGCAUGUAAAUAUUAUAAAUAUAUAUAUUUAGUAUUAAGGAGACAUAUAUUGA